ACUCGCCGUGGGGGCGCGAUGAGCAAGCAGAAGGAUUGUGCUGCUUUCGCCAUUAUUUUAAAGUAUUUAACUGACCAGAAUCGGCCCUUCAGUGCGCAGGAUAUUUUUCAGAAUCUCCAGCAAGAACAUCAUUUUGGGAAAACGGCUGCAGUGAAAGCCCUUGAGCAGCUAGCACAAGAUGGGAAAAUAAAAGAAAAGGUAUAUGGGAAACAGAAAAUCUACUUUGCUGAUCAGGAACAAUUUACAGUUGUUGGCGAAGCUGAUCUGAAGACACUAGAUAAACAGAUAGGUGAACAGAGUGAAAAGCUUCAGAACCUUCAACAGAGCUGUCGUCAAAUGGAAGCAGAACUUAAAGAGCUAAAUAACUCGAUGACAACCCAAGAAAUGUCAGUGGAAAUCACAGCGUUAAAGCAAGAAUGUCCCUUGUAUCGGGAGAAACUAUGGAAGAUUAAAUCUGCAAGCAACCAUGUUACCCCAGAAGAUAAAGAGCAGGUUCAUAAUGAACGAAAGCGAUAUAUCAAAGAAUGGCGAAAAAGAAAAAGAAUGGCAACUGAUUUGAUUGAUGCUGUUCUGGAAGGGUAUCCCAAAAACAAGAAACAGUUCUAUGAGGAGCUUGGGAUAGAAACUGAUGAAGAUCACUCUGUAGCUGUACCAGACAUGUGAAGGAAUCAAAACCAAUGCUCAAUGGAGAAUUCCUGCAAGAUUUGAUUCAAUUAUCAGUGACAAUAUAUUUUUCAUCCAAAGCCAUUGUUUUAAUGUUCUCCACUCAAUGCAUUCGGCACUUGUGAGCUUUACUGGGACUGGUGGCUGCUGCUUUGAGUGGAAACUAUUGUGAAGUCUGUUUAUUUCCUGAGUUUCACUCCAUUGCUGUUCUCUCUGCUUCUGAUUCUCACAAUUUAAGGAGCAGGAUUUUCACUGCAGUAGACCACCUAUCUUGACUCUUCAAAUCUGUAUAAGGUUGAGCUAGCUUUCUACCUCAGUGCCAUUUUUCCCGAUUCCCUUAAUAUACAUAUAUCUAUUCGUCUCUGCUUUGAAUGAAUAUAACACCAGCCUCCGCCGUCUUCUGAGAUUAAGAAUUCUCUGGGAUUCACCACUGUUUAUAUGAAGAAAUUUUACAUCUCAAUCCUGAAUGGAGUGUACCUUUCUCUGAGACUGACCCCUGGUACUGUCCACAGCCAGGGGUGGGGAAAUCCUCCAUUAUUUGAGUCUGACAAGUCUUGUAGGAAAUUUGUAAAUUCUGAUAGAAGAUAUGUAGCCGAUGCUUCACUUCUUCACUGCAGUGUCAGUUCAGAAUUGCAGCUCUAUUGUUUCCAAUUUCAUUCCCAGCCUCCUCUUGAGUGUUGUGAACUUCAGCUUAGGGAAGCAGUGUAUAUACUUAUCUAGUACUACAUCCAUUGCGAAGAGUUGUCCAAAACUGGUUGAAAAGUAUAAUUAUAAACCUCCAAGGAGAACUUCAAUGAAUCAAACUGUCAGGACUGUUCAUCAGGAGCUUAACCUUUAGAUCAGUGAUGGAGUGUGGGGCAAGGACUGCUUGAUCGUCUGUUUUCAAAAAUGUUUGUGUUGAGCGGAUUGUCUGAUAAGCAUUGUAAAUGUUUUUGUUAAGAUUAAAAUAACUCUUCUGUUGUUA